AGAGCCGAACGGCCCGCCUUUAACCUUUACCCUGCUGCCGCGAGGGCGCGCGGGAAAUCCUGAGUGUAUCCGCAACCUACCGGGCGGUAGGACCAUGGCCACGUCCUCCGUGUCCAAGGGCUGUUUUGUGUUUAAACCAAACUUCAAGAAAAGGAAAAUCUCUGUGCCAAUAGAGGACUAUUUUAAUAAAGGCAAAAAUGAGUCUGAGGACAGCAAGCUUCGAUUCGAAACUUAUCACUUGAUGUGGGAACAGAUGAAAUGUGAAACUGAGCGACUACAGGAAGAAUUAAAUAAAAAUCUGUUUGACAGUCUAAUUGAAUUUCUGCAAAAAUCUCAUACUGGAUUUAAGAAGAAUUCAAGAGACUGGGGACAUCAAAUAAAACAUAGAGAAAUUCCAGUUGCUGCUCUUGUUCUUGGUGUGAAUGUUACAGAUCAUGAUUUAAUAUUCAGAAGCUUAACACAGGCCCUCCAGAAUAAUGUCACACCAUAUGUAGUCUCAUUGCAAGCUAAAGAUUGUCCAGAUAUGAAACAUUUUUUGCAAAAGUUGAUCUCACAAUUGAUGGACUGCUGUGUAGAUGCAAAACCCAAAGAGAAGGAAAGUAUUCAGGUCACCCAGAAAAUUACACAUUGUUCAAUGGAUUCACUUUCUAGCUGGUAUAUGACUGUCACACAGAAGACAGACCCAAAAAUAUCAGGCAAAAAGAGGACAACUUCUAGCAAGUGGCAGUCUCCUCCUGUUGUGCUUAUCUUAAAGGACAUGGAAAGCUUCACCACAAAAAUACUCCAAGACUUCAUAAUUAUCAGCAGUCAACAUCUGCAUGAAUUUCCACUAAUACUCAUUUUUGGAAUCGCCACAUCUCCUAUUAUCAUCCACCGAUUGCUUCCUCACGCAGUAUCAUCUCUAUUAUGUAUAGAACUAUUCCAGUCUUUGCCUUGCAAAGAGCACCUGACGACAGUACUUGAUAAGCUACUUCUUACAGCUCAGUUUCCCUUUAAAAUAAGUGAAAAAGUGUUACAGAUUCUAACAAACAUCUUUUUGUAUCAUGAUUUCUCAAUUCAGAACUUUGUAAAAGGACUUCAGCUUUCUCUACUAGAGCAUUUUUAUUCCCAGCCCCUAAGUGUUCUGUGCUGCAGUCUCCCAGAAGCCAAGAGAAGAAUAAAUUUUUUAUCAGCUCAUCAAUGUGAAAACAUCCGUCGUCUUCCAUCAUUCAGAAGGUAUGUGGAAAAGCAAGUUUCAGAAAAGCAAGUUGCACUGUUGACCAAUGAGAGAUUUUUGAAGGAGGAAACACAAUCCUUACUAGAAAAUCUGCAUGUUUACCAUACAAAUUAUUUUCUGGUUUUGAGAUGUCUUCAUAAUUUCACCUCUUCCCUUCCAAAGUACCCACUGGGUCGACAGAUCAGAGAGUUGUACUGCACAUGUUUAGAAAAGAACAUAUGGGAUUCAGAGGAGUAUGCAUCAGCCUUGCAGCUGCUGAGGAUGUUGGCAAAGGAUGAUCUGAUGACCAUACUUCAGAAAUGUUUCAAGGUUUUUAAAUCCUCUUCUGAAAAGCAGCUUGGCAGCACAGCAAAGAGAAUAGAGGAGUUCCUGGCCCAGUUUCAGAGCCUCGAUGCAGAUGCCAAAGAGGAAGAAGAUGCUUCUGGGUCACAGCCAAAGGGCCUUCAGAAGACAGAUCUCUAUCAUCUUCAGAAGUCCUUAUUGGAAAUGAAGGAGUUGAGAAGAACAAGUAAGAAGCAAACCAGGUUUGAAGUACUCAGAGAAAAAGUUGUGAACUUCAUUGACUGUCUGGUGAGAGAAUACCUUCUGCCUCCUGAGACUCAGCCUCUGCACGAGGUGGUGUACUUCAGUGCUGCCCACACUCUUCGUGAGCACUUAAAUGCUGCUCCACGUAUCGCCCUCCACACUGCACUGAAUGAUCCUUAUUUUUAUAUAAAGAAUGAAGCUCUGAAAAGUGAAGAAGGCUGCAUUCCAAAUAUUGCCCCUGAUAUCUGCAUAGCUUAUAAACUGCACCUGGAGUGUAGCAGGCUAAUCAACCUUGUGGACUGGUCAGAGGCUUUUGCAACAGUUGUGACAGCUGCUGAAAAGAUGGAAUCAAAUUCUGCAACUACAGAAGAGAUGAAUGAAAUUAUCCAUGCUCGGUUUAUUAGAGCUGUUUCUGAACUAGAACUUUUAGGAUUUAUAAAACCUACCAAACAGAAGACUGACCAUGUAGCAAGGCUAACAUGGGGAGGCUGUUAGAAUGCUAAUGAAUGAAGCCAGUUGUAUCGUGUACCUUAAGGGAAGAAGGAGACUACUAGUCAUAUUUACAUGCCAUUAGAGACAAUGUGUAGCCCUCCCUUUUGGUGUUUAACCAGAAAGUAGAAUUUUAAUCUCAAGCAGGUUUAUAUCAAAGAAUCUUUGUAAUAUUUUAGAAUCUAACAAAUAAACAUGCUUGCAUUAUAACUAAAACCUCUCAUGAAU